AUGAAAUCGAUGAAAGUACCAUUUUCAUACAAACGGGCCAAACCACUGGACCUGUCGUUCGAAGACCUCGAGUCGCUAGCGCCCAGCUCGCUUCGCGUGUUCUCCACGGGCUUCGUCAGUUCGUACCGGAUGUUGGGCGUGCCGGCUAAGCGCGAUGGCCGGUACAAGACGGCGUCGAUGUUACUGAGCCACAACCGGUUGACCGGUGGCUUGGACGACAUCCGGCUGCUGGUUGACAAACUGUUCUGGCAGCCAAAUGCCCUCUGCUGGCUAGACCUGUCUCACAACCAGUUGACCGACCUGUCAGAUGUGUUGCUCGGGUUCCCAAAUCUGAGUACGCUGUACUUGCACCACAACCGAUUGGCCAGCCUGUGCGUCGUGGCGCGGAUCAACCGGCUGCCCCGGCUCAGGUCGGUGACGCUGCAGAACAACCCGGUGGCCGAGUACCACGGUUACCGGACCGCGGUCCUAUCCGUGUUGAAGCGCAUCACCAGGCUUGACUUCGUCAGCGUGACGGACAGUGAGAGGCGCCUCUUGCCACCCAUAGCUUUAGAAAGUUUCAUCAAGAACUAUUUAAUGCGCCAGAAAUCAUAA